AUGGACAUUCCCAGAAGCCAAAGCGAAAUACCGCAGGAGUACCUCAAUAAUGAAAACCCAUUUGCAUACAUGCAGAGCUAUGGAGAGGCCCCCGUGAUCGAUGCCAAGAUUAAGGCAGACAUGGAUGUGAUGCUGCAGAUGCAACCAAAGUACAUCUCCAUAGGAAUCGGCAGCCAUAUAUUAAGAGCAGAGCAGGUCGCAAAAACAAACGCGUUGAUUGAGCUGCAUGUCCUGCGGCUGUUGAACGAAGGAUUGCAGAUACUUCGCCAUAACGCACAGAUCGGCAUGCAUGUAAAUGGAAGCAUCAGUGAUAUAGCUGAUAUCGGAAUCGGAGCAGAAAUGAAUUCCAGAGCAGGCGCGGAGUCCUUGCUAAGAAGCAACAUUGAUAAUCAAAAUGUGCUUGACAUCAUGAUCCGCAUAAAUCGGUUGAAACUACUAAGGAGCCAAGAAAGACUGAGGGAAAAGGUCUAUCAUGCACUUAGGAACACAAUUGCACUUGAGAUCGUGCAGUCAUCGGGGUUUCCACAGCCAAUAUGCGAGGACACACUUGCAGAUGUAAUUGAAUAUGCGAAGCUCAGCAGACUUCCUGCCGCAUGCACACACCAGCAAAAUAGCCAAGACGAAGAGUACGAGUCAAGCUAUACAACAACUGAAAACGAAGAUUAA